UUUAAACUGGUAGGUUGCUGCCAGGUUCUGUCACUUGUAAAGAAUAUAGUAAAAGGGACAAACUGCUGGAAUGAACGGAAGUACAACAAUGGAAGGAGUGGCAAGUAUAAGUCAUACCAAAGGAGAGGAAGAAUCACAGAAAGAUGUUAAUUCACAGUGUCGAAAGAAACCACCAACGCAAAAUAGAAAAACAAAACUAAAAAAAAAGAAGCGUGCCAAAAAGAUGGAGCUGAGAAAAGCGAAGCGGAUUGAACAAGGGAAGGCAGCAGCUGCUAAAGCUGCUGCAGAACAAGCUGCUGUUGCUUCGAAAGCAGCUGGUGAACCGACGAGACCUCGGUGUCUAAGGGAUCUCCCUUCAAGAAGGGCCGCAGCAGCUCAAAGGGAACAGGCAAGAUUCAAAACGCAAUGAAAGUCUGAUCAUGGUUUAAGGUUAAUCACUCUUGUUAAAAGGCAAGUUUUGGGUUGUGGGCA